UGAUUUUUCAUUAUUUCAUAUUAUUAUCUAUUGUGCUACUACUGGUAAUUGUAAUGAACCGAAAUCUAAUCGCUAGCUCGGCACUUGCCGCAAGUGUCAUUGUCAUUAUGUCUUGUCUUCUAACAAAAAGGCGUAAUAAACGUACUCGAAUUUGGAGCAGGAACUGGCUGCAAAGGCGAAACGAGGGUCGUGAUGUUUUAAACAUGCUAAAUACAGAACUUUUACCCGAGGAUCCAAAUGCAUAUACAAACUUUCUGAGAUUAACUAACGAUCAGUUCGAAUAUUUGCUGUCGUUGAUAUCAAAUGAAAUAUGCAAACAAGAUACACUAAUGCGAGAAUGCAUCCCUUCCAGAAGCAAAUUAGAAGUUACCUUGCGAUUCCUAGCAACAGGCGAGACAUACCGAUCCCUUAUGUACACCACUAGGAUACAUGAAACUACGAUAAGCCGCUUUAUACCUGAAGUGUGCCAAGCCAUAGUCUUGAAAUUAAAACCAAUCUAUUUAAAAGCACCAAGAACAGCAGAAGAAUGGAAAAAAAUUUCUCAAGAUUUUGAUCAAUUAUGGCAAUUUCCUCAUUGCGUGGGAGCUCUUGAUGGUCGCCACAUCACUUUUAGGGCACCCAUAUCUGCUGGCUCGUAUUAUUACAACUACAAAGGUGCAAAUAGCAUUGUGUUAUUAUACGAUCAAACGAACUCACCUGUGAUGAAGUUCGAUCGUAAUUAUAUGAGGUCUCGUGGAGGUAAAUAA